AGAGCCUGCUUCAUUGAGGAGGAUUCAAACUUCCGGCAGUGUCAUGGCGACAUGGUGUGUCUGAUAAAAGAAAGAAAAAAAUAAGCCAUCCCCGUGAACAGCGGUAUUUGAAGGUUAACGGGUUGCAAAUUGCAGAGGAACCAUUAUUUAUACGGAGGUUUCCAGUGGCCCGUUGCGGCUCCAACCCGGCCGGCCAUGGCGGCUCAGAAGCCCAUGGAAUGGGUUCAGGCCGUUAUUACCAGAUUCGACGAGCAGCUUCCUGUCAAGGUGGGCCAGCAGAACACACACACCAAGGUCAGUACGGAACACAACAGGGAAUGUCUCAUCCACAUCUCCAAGUACAAGUUCUCCUUGGUCAUCAGCGGCCUCACUAACAUCCUGAAGAAUGUCAACAACAUGAGGAUAUUUGGGGAGGCGUCGGAGAAGAACCUUUAUCUCUCUCAGCUCAUCAUCCUGGACACACUGGAGAAGUGCCUUGCUGGGCAACCUAAGGACUGUCUGCGUCUGGAUGAGACCAUGCUGGUGAAGCAGCUGUUACCAGAGAUCUGCCACUUCAUCCACACGUACCGCGAGGGCCACCAGCACGCAGCCGAGCUGCGCAGCUCUGCCUCAGGGGUGCUCUUCUCUCUCAGCUGCAACAACUUCAACGCUGUGUUCAGCCGCAUCUCCACCAGGUUACAGGAGUUAACUGUCUGUUCUGAAGACACGGUGGACGUCCAUGACAUUGAGCUGAUCCAAUACAUCAACGUGGACUGUGCCAAGCUUAAAAAACUCCUCCAAGAAACCGUGUUUAAAUUCAAGUCCUUGAAGAAACCAGCCCAGCUGAGUGUUAUCAACAGUCUGGAGAAGGCCUUCUGGAACUGGGUGGAGAACUACCCUGAUGAGUUCACCAUGCUGUACCAGCGCCCGCAGACGGACAUGGCUGAGUGUGCAGAGAAGUUGUUUGACCUGGUGGACAGCUUUGCGGAGAGCGCUAAGAGGAAGGCAGCAGUGUGGCCUCUGCAGAUCAUCCUGCUCAUCCUCUGUCCUGACAUCACCCAGGACCUCUCCAGGGAGCCCUUGGACGACUCCAAAGUCAACAAGAAGCUGUUCCUGGACAGCCUGCGGAAGGCGCUAGCAGGGCAAGGCAGCAGCAGGCUGCUCACAGAGAGUGCUGCCAUCGCCUGUGUGAAGCUCUGCAAAGCCUCCACAUACAUCAACUGGGAGGACCACUCCAUCAUCUUCCUGCUGGUGCAGUCCAUCGUGGUGGACCUCAAGGCGCUGCUCUUCAACCCCCCUAAGCCCUUCUCUCGAGGAGCGGGCAGCCAGAACGCAGACGUGGACCUCAUGAUCGACUGCUUCGUGUCCUGCUUCCGGAUCAACCCCCACAACAACCAGCACUUUAAGGUCUGCCUUGCAUCUUCAUCUCCUCCCACGUUUCACUUCGUCCUGGUCAACUCUCUGCACAGAAUCAUCACCAACUCUCCUCUGGACUGGUGGCCCAAGAUCGACGCUGUGUACUGCUACUCCGGAGAGCUGCGCUCCAUGUUCUCAGAGACGCUGGCCCGCGUCAUGCAGACCUGCAGCACCCACGCACCGCUCCGCAUGACUCCGAGUUUGACCUUCAAGGAGAAGAUGACAAGUCUGAAGUUCAAAGAGAAGACCACCGAUCUGGACAACAGAAGCCACAAGUACCUUCUGCUGGUCCUGGUCAAACUCAUCCAUGCUGACCCCAAGCUCAUGCUGCAUAAUCCGGGCAAGCAGGGUCAGGAGACCCAGAGCAGCACGGUGGAGCUGAUCACAGGACUGGUGCAGCUGGUGCCUCUAGCCAGCAUGGGGGACAUCUCCCAAGAAGCCAUGGAGGCUCUCCUGGUCCUGCAUCAGCCAGAGAACAUCGAGCUGUGGAACCCAGAUGCACCCAUCGAAACCUUCUGGGACAUCAGCUCCCAGGUGCUGUUCUUCCUCUGCAAGAAGCUGAUUGGCCACCAGAUGAUCAACAGCACAGAGAUCCUCAAGUGGCUAAGAGAGAUUCUCAUCUGCAGGAACAAGUUCCUCCUCCGCAACAAGGAGCGUGCCACGCUGGGCAGUGGGAUCCCCACCUGUCGGCAGGCCCAGACCAAGCUGGAGGUGAGCCUCUACAUGUUCCUGUGGAGCCCUGACGCCGAGGCCGUGCUGGUGGCUAUGUCCUGUUUCCGCCACCUCUGUGAGGAGGCUGACAUCCGCUGCAGCCUGGAUGACAUGCCGGUGCAGAGCGUCCUGCCCAACUACAACACCUUCAUCGAGUUGGCCUCCGUCAGCAACAUGAAGUCCACAGGCCGCUCAGCCCUGCAGAAGAGAGUGAUGGCGUUGCUGAGGAGGAUAGAACACCCCACAGCAGGAAACACAGAGGCUUGGGAGGACACGCACGCUAAAUGGGAGCAGGCAACCAAACUGAUCCUCCAACACCCCAAAACCAAGCUGGAGGAUGGCCAGGAGUGGAUCAACAUGACGGGCUUCCUGUGUGCCCUCGGGGGUGUGUGCCUCCAACAACGCUCCGCCCCCGGCCUGGCCACGUACAGCCCCCCUAUGGGCCCUCAGAGCGAGAGGAAGGCCUCCAUGAUCUCCAUGGGCUCCUGCGAGGGCAGUAACACAGAGACCCCGCUGGGACGCUUCCUGGAGCGUCUGCUCAGCCUGCUGGUGUGCAGCCACGAGAGGGGCGUCCAGAUCCGCACCAACGUGAAGGACCUGGUGGGUCUGGAGCUGAGCCCCGCCCUCUAUCCAAUGCUCUUCAACAAGCUGAGGAACGCCAUCAGCCGCUUCUUCGACGCGCAGGGCCCGGUUCCUAUCAACGACACAAACACCCAGUUUGUGGAACAGACCAUUGCCAUCAUGAAGAACCUUCUGGACAACCACACAGAGGGCAGCUCUGAGCACCUGGGUCAGGCCAGCAUAGAGACCAUGAUGCUCAACCUGGUCAGGUAUGUGCGUAUCCUAGGCAACAUGGUGCACGCCAUCCAGAUCAAGACCAAGCUGUGCCAGCUGGUGGAGGUGAUGAUGGAGCGACGAGACGACCUGUCCUUCUGUCAGGAGAUGAAGUUCAGGAACAAGAUGGUGGAGUACCUGACUGACUGGGUAAUGGGGACCUCCAACCAGGCUGCUGAUGAUGAUGUCAAGUGUCUCACUAGGGAUCUGGACCAGGCCAGCAUGGAGGCGGUGGUGUCUCUGCUAGCAGGUCUCCCUCUCCAGCCAGAGGAGGGAGACGGGGUGGACCUGAUGGAGGCCAAGUCCCAGCUGUUCCUCAAGUACUUCACUCUGUUCAUGAACCUGCUGAACGACUGCAGUGAGGUGGAGGAUGAUGGGCAGCAGGUAGCAGGCAGGAAGAGGGGCAUGUCCCGGCGCCUGGCGUCUCUGAGGCACUGCACCGUGCUGGCCAUGUCCAACCUGCUCAACGCCAACGUGGACAGCGGCCUCAUGCACUCCAUAGGCCUGGGCUACCACAAGGACCUGCAGACCAGAGCCACCUUCAUGGAGGUGCUCACUAAGAUCCUGCAGCAGGGGACAGAGUUUGACACGCUGGCUGAGACGGUGCUGGCUGACCGCUUUGAGAGGCGUGAGCUGGUCACCAUGAUGGGAGACCAGGGAGAGCUGCCCAUCGCCAUGGCCCUGGCCAACGUGGUGCCCUGCUCUCAGUGGGAUGAGCUGGCACGGGUCCUCGUCACCCUGUUCGACUCGCGGCACCUCCUCUACCAGCUGCUGUGGAACAUGUUCUCUAAGGAGGUGGAGCUGGCAGACUCCAUGCAGACGCUGUUCAGGGGCAACAGCCUGGCCAGCAAGAUCAUGACCUUCUGCUUUAAGGUGUACGGGGCCACCUACCUGCAGAAGUUGCUGGAACCCCUCCUCAGGGGGGUCAUCACCGCCCCGGAGUGGCAGCUCAUCAGCUUCGAGGUCGACCCUACCAGACUGGAGCAGACAGAGAUCCUGGAGGAGAACCAGAGGAGCCUGCUGCAGAUCACCAAGCGCUUCUUCCUCGUCAUCAUCAACUCCUCCACUGAGUUCCCCCCUCAGCUCCGCAGCGUGUGUCACUGUCUGUUCCAGGCAACUUGUCACUCUCUACUGCAUAAAGCCACAGUUAAAGAGAAAAAGGAAAGCAAGAAAUCAGUUGUGAGCCAGCGGUUCCCCCAGAACAGCAUCGGCGCGGUGGGGAGCGCCAUGUUCCUGCGCUUCAUCAACCCUGCCAUCGUGUCUCCGUACGAGGCGGGCAUCCUGGACAAGAAACCUCCGCCCAGGAUAGAGCGCGGCCUGAAGCUCAUGUCCAAGAUCUUGCAGAGCAUCGCCAACCAUGUUUUAUUCACCAAAGAGGAGCACAUGAGGCCUUUCAACGACUUUGUAAAAAGCAACUUUGAUGCAGCUAGAAGGUUCUUCCUGGACAUCGCUUCCGACUGUCCUGCCAGCGACUCGGUGAACCACAGCUUGUCCUUCAGCAGCGAUGGCAACGUGCUGGCCCUGCACCGCCUGCUGUGGAACAACCAGGAGAAGAUCGGACAGUACCUCUCCAGCAACACGGACCACAAGGCGGUGGGGCGACGGCCGUUUGACAAGAUGGCCACGCUGCUGGCCUACCUGGGGCCUCCAGAGCACAAGCCCGUCGCUGACACACACUGGUCCAGCCUCAACCUCACCAGCUCCAAGUUCGAGGAGUUCAUGACCAGGCAUCAGGUGCACGAGAAAGAGGAGUUCAAAGCCCUGAAGACCCUGAAUAUCUUCUACCAGGCUGGCACCUCCAAGACAGGGAUCCCUGUGUUCUACUACGUCACACGCAGGUUCAAGACGGGCCAGAUCAACGGAGACCUCCUCAUCUACCAUGUCCUGCUGACCCUCAAGCCCUACUACGCCAAGCCCUACGAGAUCGUGGUGGACCUCACCCACGCCGGCCCCAGCAACCGCUUCAAGACCGACUUCCUGUCCAAGUGGUUUGUGGUGUUCCCGGGGUUCGCCUACGAGAACGUGGCAGCCAUCUACAUCUACAACUGCAACACCUGGGUGAGGGAGUACACCAAGUACCACGAGCGCCUGCUCACGGGACUGAAGGGGAGCAAGAAGCUGCUGUUCAUCGACUCUCCAGCGCGGCUGGCGGAACACGUGGAGCCGGACCAGCAGAAGUUGCCGGCCGCCACGCUGGCCCUGGAGGAGGACCUCAAGGUGUUCCACAACGCCCUGAAGCUGGCGCACAAGGACACCAAGGUCUCCAUCAAGGUGGGCUCCACGGCAGUACAGGUGACGUCAGCAGAGAGGACACGCGUGCUGGGCCAGUCUGUCUUCCUCAACGACAUCUACUACGCUUCUGAGAUCGAGGAGAUCUGCCUGGUGGAUGAGAACCAGUUCACCCUGACCAUCGCCAACCAGGGCACUCCCCUCACCUUCAUGCACCAGGAGUGUGAGGCCAUCGUGCACUCCAUCAUCCACAUCCGCACGCGCUGGGAGCUGUCUCAGCCUGACUCCAUCCCCCAGCACACCAAGAUCAGGCCCAAGGACGUGCCAGGGACGCUGCUCAACAUCGCCCUGCUGAACCUGGGGAGCUCUGACCCCAGCCUCAGGUCUGCAGCCUACAACCUGCUGUGUGCCUUAACCUGCACCUUCAACCUGAAGAUCGAGGGUCAGCUGCUGGAGACGUCGGGGCUAUGCAUCCCUGCCAACAACACCCUGUUCAUCGUGUCCAUCAGCAGGACCCUGGCUGCCAACGAGCCUCACCUCACCCUGGAGUUCCUGCAGGAGUGCAUCUCUGGCUUCAGCAAGUCUAGUAUAGAGCUGAAGCACCUGUGUCUGGAGUACAUGACUCCCUGGCUGCUCAACCUGGUGCGCUUCUGCAAGCACAACGAUGACGCCAAGCGCCAGCGCGUCUCCGCCAUCCUGGACAAGCUCAUCACCAUGACCAUCAACGAGAAGCAGAUGUACCCCUCCAUCCAGGCCAAGAUCUGGGGCAGUCUGGGCCAGAUCACAGAUCUUCUGGACGUGGUUCUGGACAGCUUCAUCAAGACCAGUGCUACUGGCGGUCUGGGCUCCAUCAAGGCUGAGGUGAUGGCAGACACAGCUGUGGCCCUGGCCUCGGGGAAUGUCAAGCUGGUAUCCAGCAAGGUGAUCAUCCGCAUGUGUAAGAUCAUCGACAAGACCUGCCUGUCUCCCACGGCGACCCUGGAGCAGCACCUGAUGUGGGAUGACAUCGCUAUCCUGGCUCGCUACAUGCUCAUGCUGUCCUUCAACAACUCCCUGGAUGUGGCCACACACCUGCCCUACCUGUUCCACGUGGUGACGCUGCUGGUGGCCACGGGCCCCCUCUCCCUCCGUGCAUCCACACACGGCCUGGUCAUCAACAUCAUCCACUCCCUCUGCACCUGCUCCCAGCUCAACUUCAGCGAGGAGACCAAGCAGGUGCUGAGGCUCAGCCUGACUGAGUUCUCCCUCCCCAAGUUCUACCUGCUGUUUGGAAUCAGCAAGGUGAAGUCUGCCGCCGUCAUCGCCUUCCGCUCCAGCUACCGUGACCGCUCCUUCCCCCCCGGAGCCUACGAGAGAGAGACCUUCGCCCUGUCCUCCCUGGAGACCGUCACAGAGGCACUGCUGGAGAUCAUGGAGGCCUGCAUGAGGGACAUUCCUGGCUGCACCUGGCUGGACCAGUGGACCGAGCUGGCUCAGAAGUUUGCGUUCCAGUUCAACCCCUCCCUGCAGCCCAGGGCGCUGGUGGUGUUCGGCUGCAUCAGUAAGAAGGUGAAGCACGGCCAGAUCAAGCAGGUCCUGCGCAUCCUCAGCAAAGCCACGCCCCUGCUCAGCAUCGACAGGGGUCUGGAGAGCUGUCUGAAGGGGCCAGACAGCUACAACAGCCAGGUUCUGAUUGAGGCCACGGUGAUCGCUCUGACUAAGCUGCAACCUCUCCUCAAUAAGGACUCCCCCAUGCACAAAGCCCUGUUCUGGGUGGCCGUGGCCGUGUUGCAGCUGGACGAGGUGAACCUGUACUCUGCAGGCACAGCGCUGCUGGAACAAAACCUCCACACCCUGGACAGCCUGAAGGUGUUCAACGACAAGAGCCCUGAGGACGUGUUCAUGGAGGUCCGGAAGCCCCUGGAGUGGCACUGUAAACAGAUGGACCACUUUGUCGGCCUCAACUUCAGCUCCAACUUCAACUUUGCACUAGUGGGUCACCUGCUGAAAGGGUACCGACACCCCUCUCCCACCACGGUGGCGCGGACUGUCCGCAUCCUGCACACCCUGCUGGGCCUGGUGGGGAAACACCUCAACUGUGACAAGUUUGAGGUCAACACAGAGAGCGUGGCCUACCUGGCAGCUCUGCUCACGGUCUCAGAGGAAGUCCGUAGUCGCUGCAGCCUCAAACACAGGAAGUCCUUGCUCCUCUCAGACGUUACCAUGGAGAACGUUCCCAUGGACACGUACUCCGCGCACCACGGCGACCCCAGCUGCAGGACUCUGAGGGAGUCUCAGCCCUGGACCUCUCCCCGGGUGCUGGAGCACUACCUGGUGGCCCACCACUACCCCACCGUGGGCCAGAUCAGCCCCCGCACUCGCAAGUCCAUGAGCCUGGACAUGGGCCAGCCGUCCCAGGCCAACACCAAGAAGCUGCUGGGCACCAGGAAGAGUUUUGAUCACCUGAUCUCAGACAGCAAGGCUCCCAAGCGCUCUGAGCUGGAGUCGGGCACCACCACGCCCCCCAAGAUGAGGAGGGUGGCAGAGAACGACUACGACUUGGAGGCUCAGAGGAUCUCCCAGCACCACACCCUGAGGAAGGUGUCUGUGUCAGAGUCCAACGUGCUGCUGGACGAAGAGGUUCUCACCGACCCCAAGACCCAGGCCCUCCUCCUCACCGUCCUGGCCACCCUGGUGAAGAACACUACAGAUGAGUUUGACCAGAGAAUCCUCUACGAGUUCCUAGCUGAAGCCUGUGUCGUCUUCCCCAAGGUCUUUCCUGUGGUUCACAACCUUCUGGACUCCAAGAUCAACACGCUGCUGUCGCUCUGCCAGGACCCCCACCUGCUCAACCCCAUCCACGGGAUCGUCCAGAGUGUGGUCUACCACGAGGAGUCCCCACCCCAGUACCAGCCCUCCUACCUGCAGAGUUUUGGUUUCAACGGUCUGUGGAGGUUUGCAGGGCCGUUCUCUAAGCAAACCCAGAUCCCAGACUAUGCAGAGCUGAUUGUGAAGUUCCUGGACGCCCUGAUUGACACCUAUCUCCCUGGGACGGAGGAGGAGGCUAGUGAGGAGAGCCUCCGCACGCCCACCUCUCCCUACCCCCCCCCCGCCCAGAGCCAGCUCAGCAUCACCGCUAACCUCAACCUCUCCAACUCCAUGACCUCACUGGCCACCUCGCAGCACUCCCCAGCUUCUCUGCCUUGCUCUAAGUCUGCUGUUUUCACCCCCCACCUGGCCCAGGCAGGCAUGGACAAGGAGAACGUGGAGCUGUCUCCAGGAAGCAGCCUCAGCAGCAGGACGAGGCACGGUUCGGCCAGUCAGGUCCAGAAGCAGCGCAGUGCAGGGAGCUUCAAACGGCCCAGCAUCAAGAAGAUCGUAUGACCCCUGACCCC